AUAACUACAAUCAUAAUACGUGUUUAUAAAUACAAUUAUUAUUAAUAAUAAUAUUUCUGGCUUGAUUUUAUUCUCCUAAGCCUUAGCAUGUUAGCACGUUAGCCUGUUAGCACGCUAGCUAGCUCUGUGUCGUGAGAGACUUUCUCACUCUGAGGAGAUAUGGCGACUUUAGACGUCGUGUAUGAGAAGAUUCACCACAAACACGGUCCCCGGUGGUGUGCGCACGUGGGAACCGGACAUGACGCAGCAGCGAGCGCGAGCCUCAGAGUGUGUGUCGCGUGCGUCGUCGAGCUGACUGACAGCUGCCACGUGUCGGUUGUGCGUAAGUCGAUGGCACUGACGGGUGUAGCAGAGCUGCUAAAGACUGAAGGAGUGAUGAGGGAAAUCCUGCAGCAGGAUGACGGUGUGUGUGUGCGUUUCACCACCUCAUUACUCAAGAUGCUACAGACUGUUGAAGAAUCUUCUACACUGGACAAAGUCAUGCAGGACACCUUCUGUGUGUGUGUUUUGUGUGUCUCAGUGCUGGUUCAGCUGUUGUUGGAACUGAAGUCAGAGCAUUUAGUGCAACACUUGAUAAAUGAACUCCAAACACAGCUCUGUGGUGUGAACUGGUCCGUGGUGUGUGUGACGUUUUUGGGUAAAUUGCUGGAUGCUGUUCCUGCAGUAUCGCACAUGCUGACCAGCACAAACUGUGAGAACUUUUUUCUCCUUCUGUUGUGUGUGCUGGAGAGCUUGUGUGUGCAAAUGGUGAGUGCAGACGAGGAGCUGAAGGCGGCAGCGUGUUACGUGUUCCGUGGUGUGUGGGAGUCAGAGGAUGCACGUCACUCCAUGCCUCAAACACUCAGGGAAAGAGUGUGUGUGUUACUUUUAAACACACUGAAACAUGCUUCUGUGCACCAACUCAUUGUCAACUGCCUUGGGCUGCUGUUACUGAUGCUGCGUUCAGGAGAGACAGUGUGUUUCCUGAUGACUCAGGAAGAAGACACAAAGCACUCAGAUCUCCAACACUGUUCAUUACCACUCAUAUUAAAGAGGGUAUUGUUGAGUGGUGAUGAGUGUCUGCAGGUGGCCAGUGUUCAGUGUGUGAGUGCUGUACUCAGUCACUCCACUCAGUACUGCAUGUCCUUCAUACACGGUGACAUCCCAGAGUUCCUGUUUGAGCGUCUGAGCAGCAGUAACGACGUCCUCCUGUGGUGUGUGUACAGCUGUGUGUUACAGCUGUGUGAAGACUCGCUGUUUUUCUCUCAGUGCCACUCUCUUUACGGUAUCGAGUCUGUAGUGCGCAGUCUGAAGGAGUCCCUGAAGCUGUCUAACCUGGAGGUCCCCAAACAGGGACUGCAGCUGCUUACAGUUAUACUGGAGAAGCAGCCAGCAGGAGUGCGUCUGUUCCCAAUCGGCCCCACGUUUGUGAACGUGGCUGAUGUGGUGAUAGUGGGCUUGGCUUCACCUUGUCUCCAAGUAGCAACACAGGCAGCACGAGCAGCUACGGCACUGAUGAAGAUGCAUCACCAGUCCACUCCAGUGCAUUAUGGAGAGUUAAGAAAGAUUAUGGAGGCUUUGUCAUGCAGAUUCACAGAGUUACCCUCACGGACCAUCUCACAGCGCAGAAGGUGUUUUGCAGAGCCCAAGUCCAGUUCUCAGUCCACCAAAGCAGGAACAUUCUUAAUGCAAGCACUUGUGUGCUUUCACGAGACUUGUAGGCUGUUGGAGGAGUGUGUGUGUGAAGCCACUGUGACGGACAGUCCAUUGACAGCAGCAGGAGAAAAAGAUGACGACACGCUGGAGUGUGUGUGUGUGUAUUUGCUGAAAUGCUGUGAUACAGUGUACAUUCCUACUGUUACUAGAGUGUGUGAGCGCACCCCCAGUCCUCGGGUUCUGCAGCUCUUCCUCUCCAUUCUGUCCAUGCAGUUUUCUCUCUCGCCGUCACUCAUGCCUGCUUUUGCUAACAAGCUUGCGUCCUCAGGUUUCAUUAGGCUGACUGUAGAAAACAAGGCUCUACUGUGUUCAGGAAACAGACACACGUCUCUAAAUGUGGCUUGCUGUGGGUUUCUUCUGAAGCUCUGUGUGUGCCUACUGUCUCAGCCUAAUCCACAGACCCACAGCCAACACCUAGGUGUUGAGGAGGUAGAACACGUGUUGCGUGAGUGUUUGCCGUCUCUGUACUAUCAUGUGUGUGAUUGGCCAGCAGUGUUGGGACAGGCAGGAGGAGCUGAUCAGAACACACAGUACUGCUUACUGCACCUGCUUUAUCUGUCACUGGUCAGUGGGGACAGGUUGCUUCCUGAUGCUACAGUGUUCUCCAGUAUAAUGGACUUUAAUAACACAGUAGUGGAACAAUGCUGUACUCUUCCUCCAUCAGUAGUGCAGUCAGUUCUGUAUCUGUUAUCAGAAACACAAGAGAACAGCUCUGAGCUAGACUGGCCUAAUCUGAAGAGCAUCAGUAAGGUCCUGACAUCCACACCUCCAUCCUCUUCACCUCUGUCUGUUCCUCAUCCCUCUCUUCUGCACUUCAUCUUCCGUUACCCUGAGCUGGCCGAGCAGUUUGGGGCAACAGUUCUGACCGGGUGGCUGAAAAGAGGGAAAGUCUGGGAUCCAGAGCAGUCAGUACUGAUGGGGCUCCUGGAGAAAAACCCUUGUGUUCUAAGGAAAAUGCUGGGUGUAGUGUUUGAGGUGGAGGAGGAGGACGUAGCUGAGUGUGCAGUCAAUGUGAUUAAGGGCUUUCUCAUGGCUCAGCACAAUUAUAGCUGUGUUUCUCAAUCACUGCUCAAACCGUCACUCCUUCAGCUAGUGCAGAAACUCAACUGUGAUAGCAACACUGUAGUACAUUGUGUAUCUCUGAUGUUGGAGGUAAUGUGUAUGGUGCAGACGAACUCUACAGUUCACACUGAUAUGGACCACACUGACUUGAAACUGCUGUAUUACAGUGAGCACAUCAGUAAUCUUAUUGGAAAAGUGAAGUGCAGAGACACAGAAUAUCUGCUACCGGCUUUAAACUACCUUUACUGCUGUCUGGUUCUGUCCCCUACACACACGGCUGACCGAGCUGUAUCCAUGUUGCUCUGUAACACUGGUCUAAUGGAGUUACUACAGACGCUGCUGGAUCACUGUCAUUCCUCCUCAUCUUCAUCACCAGUCACCUGCUGCUCUUUCCUCUUGCUCAGCUCCCUCAUUACUCUACAACACACACACUCUGCUCAGGUCCAUAAGAGUGUGUGUUUAGAGUUAGAGAGUGUUUUGAGGACCCUAAUUUUCUGGAAGAGACAUACUGACAGCCUGCUUCUGGUGUGUACAGUGCGUCUGCUUCAGGCCGUGUUGGACAUGGACCUGUGCUCUCCUGUAGUGUGUGUGUCAGUGUGUAUGGAGCUUCAUCCACUCAGCUACAAAGGAGCCAUAAGUUUCACCACAGCACUACAAAGUCUAUUACUACAGAAACAGAAGCAGGAGAUCCUUCUCAGUGUCUCUGUGAACUGUCUGGACUCACUCAUAUGUUUUCUGAACAGAAGGAGACCAUCUAUAGACUUUCAGCAUGUGGUGUUGCAGCCCUGGAAUCGUUUCUUGCUCUACUCCCUGCUUACCUCAGGAGAACAUGUGACUCUCCACCCAGCGACACUCCGCUUCCUGACUCUGCUGGUUUACUGGUCUGGAGAUGCCUUGCAGUGGGAGUCAGAAAUUGUGUGUGUGUGUAAAACAGCUGAGGAGAGAGGAGUAAAAGAGCUGAAAGACAACACCAUACACACUCUUACACGUCUACUGGUGGAGCAGGUUGUGGGUCUGCCCCAGGAUCAUGUUCUCACUCCACGAGGAGCCCAAACCACCUCAGCUGCUUUCUCUUGAUUUAAAGGAAAAGCAGCUCUAAGCUGAGACUCCACUAGAUUUGUUGAGCCUCUCACCCACAGUUCCUGAGCUUCUGCUUCAUCACCUCAAAGACUGACCUGAUCUGUUCUGUAUACUCCUUCUCCAUCACUCAUGAAUAAUAAACCUCCACCAGAAUCUGGUCUCACUUGACAAAAACAUCCCAUUGUUCAUGGCUGUGGAUUUUCAGCCAUAUCCUGUCCACAACUACAGCCUUAAUGGAGUCUGAAACCCACCUUAAAGGAUUUUAUAUGUUCUUCAUACAAUUACAAACAUAAAGGAAAGUGUUACACCACCUCCAGGACAACAAACCUCAAGCUACACCAUCAUCAGGCUUCACACGUGUGGAUUAGAAUAAAGAGCUGCUCUUCUCUUGGUGUUCUAUAAAUAUAUUGUAUUAAAGCAGAAUAUUGAAUUGUCUGUGUGUGUGUCUGUGUGUAUGUGUGUCUGUCUGUGUGUCUGUCUGUGUGUCUGUCUGUCUGUGUGUAUGUGUCUGU